GAGUGAGGCUGUAGGGGGGAGAGGGAAUGCGGCAGAAGGAGGGAGCAGACCGUCAGUGGUCGACUCUGGGAGACGGGGAUACGGACGGAUUCUCUUCUUUUUUUUCUGGCUUUUCCCUGCUUUGCAUUUUUUAUUUCAUAUUUUUUAUCGCUCCUUUUGCUCUCAAUCUGUCUGCCCCACUGUCCUUCCUGCUGCUAAUUCCGUCUUUUCCUGCAGUCUUUAUUCCUCUGUCCUACAUCCAGACUUGAUACUAUCUCUGUCUAUCCUCCUCUUUCCCGCCUAUGGCUACCUGACAGUGAACUUCUCCUUCUGCCAUCUCUCUUCCUCCCCUGGUUUCUUUGUCCCACCAUCCUUCCUUCACUCCCCUUCCUCACUUUCUCUCCCCUCGUUACUUUGAUCUUUCCUUUCCUUGCACUUGUCCAUCGUCCGUCUAUCUCCGCGUGGUGUUAGGAUGCCAGUGUUGGAGGGGCUCUGGGGCCCAGAUAUCAGGAUGCGGGACUCUGGUUUUGGUGUCGGGGUCGAUGUCGGGGGCUGUCCAGACGAGGGCUCUCGCUCACCCGUGUGGGAUCCUCUCAGGACUCCCCCGGUUACCUGCGGGGGCCUGUCGCUGGCCCUGGAACUUCCAGCUCUCAUACGGCAGCUCAGGGCAGCCUGGAGGGCGCGCAGGGGAGGUCCUCGGGGGUCUGAGAGAAGUGAGGCGGGCACUUGGGUGGAAGCAGAGAAGGAGGUGGUAGAGGCGGUGAAGCAGGACAUAGAGGACAGGAGCGGACAUCUGGAAGCUGAUGGCAGACUGAGCACUGGUCAUGCUGGUGUGUUGCUGGCUGAGAGACGAGGCUCCUACCCGCUGAUUGACCUGCGUAUCCUUAAAACCAGUGCCCAGCAGGGGGAGGUAGAGUCCGGUACAAGGAGAAAGGUGAAGCGCCUGCUGAGCUUCCAGAGAUACUGCCACGCCUCCAGGCUGCUGAGGGGGCUGGUGCCCCACACCCCCGGGUCCCUACACCUGCUAGACGACGACUACCUGGGACAGGCUGCGCACAUGCUAUCGAAAGUAGGCACAUGGAACUUUGACAUUUUCCUCUUCGAUCGUCUAACAAAUGGUAACAGCCUGGUGACUCUGAUGUGCCAUCUCUUCAAUGUCUGCGGUCUCAUUCAUCACUUCCAGCUGGACAUGGUCAAACUGCACAGGUUUCUGGGCAUGGUGCAGGAGGACUACCACUCCCAGAAUCCCUAUCACAAUGCUGUUCAUGCAGCCGAUGUCACUCAAGCCAUGUACUGCUACCUGAAGGAGCCCAAGCUGGCAGAGCAGCUGAGCCCUCUGGACGUGUUCCUGGGUCUGAUGGCAGCAGCCGCCCAUGAUGUGGACCAUCCUGGGGUCAACCAGCCCUUCCUCAUCAAGACCAGACACCACCUGGCAUCCCUCUACCAGAACACAUCUGUGCUGGAAAGUCACCACUGGAGAUCCACUGUGGGCAUGCUGCGAGAAUCAGGACUGCUGUCCCACCUGCCUGCUGACAUAUCGCAGGACAUGGAGCAGCAGCUGGGCUCUCUGAUCCUGGCUACAGACAUCAGCCGGCAGAACGAAUUCCUGUUGACCUUCAGAGAACAUCUGGACAACCAGGACCUGGACCUUCAACUGGCCUCACACAGGCACUUUAUGCUGCAGAUUGCUCUGAAGUGUGCAGACAUCUGCAACCCGUGUCGGGUUUGGGAGCUCAGCAGGCAGUGGAGUGAGAGAGUGUGUGAGGAAUUCUACAGACAGGGUGACCUGGAGAGAAAGUUUGACUUGGAGAUCAGUCCUCUGUGUAACCAACAGGCUGACUCUGUCCCAGCCAUCCAGAUAGGUUUUAUCUCCUACAUUGUUGAGCCUCUGUUUGAGGAGUGGCACCGCUUCACUGAGCCCAGCCUGCUCAGCCAGACCAUGAUGGGCCACCUGCACAAGAACAAGGCCCGCUGGAGCUGCCUGCGAUGUGCGCACACACCCUCAGAUGUGCAAGCGCACUCGCACGCCGACGAGCCAAAUCCCAAGGGAGGAGGCGGAGAGGGAGAAAACAUCCCUUAAUCCUCCUUUUGUUUCUUGGGGUGUUACAUCUUUCUUUUCUUAAUGGAGAAGAGGAGCAUUUAUCAACCUCCUUGUUUGUCCUCCAGCAUAUUUCCUCCCACUACUGGAUGUUCACAGGCUCUGAAAAGUGGGAGCGAGAGGAUUGUAGUCUGGCUGGGAUUAGUGAGAAAUGACUCCCUCUGCUGGAGCAGGGGAUUGUAGCAUUGCAGGGAAAAAGAAGAAGGAGACAGAUCGAUGGUAGAGCAGAUGGAUGAAUAAUCUUAGUAAAUAAAUACCAAUUUGACAAAGUCAUGCCUUGCUCUUUAACCCUGUGAUAUCUACUUCAAAGUUACUAAGACGCAGGAAUAGAAUUGAAAGCUUAUGGCUGAUGGAAGAAGAGGGAUCAGCAAAGACAAAUAUUAAUUUGUUUGCACAAUGCUGCUAGAACAAUAAAGAAAAGCCAAAAUGAUAUACAAUUCUAAUAAGUCAGCUGGACUGUGCUGGAAAAGAUGUUAUAAAAUAUAUGAAAAAAUGAGAGGAAUAUAUAAAUAUAUCAUCUAUACUAUGCUUUUUAAACUUUUAGACUCUACAUAUUAAGCUCUUUUCACUUUUUCUCUUUUUUUGUACAGCUUGCACUUCUAUUGGAUGCUCUUUCAUACAAGUGUCUCACUUGUCUACUUUUCACUGAAGUGCGUUUUUAACUCAAGCACUAAGCUGGUAUGUCAAGGUAUUGUAAACUGUAACACGUAUUCUGUUUUAACUGUGUAACCUGUAAAACUCACUGAUACAAUUAAUGGCUGAUACAAAGAGGUGUCGCUGAGAUGCUUGAACUCUGAUAUCAUCCGUCAGCUGACUUGCCGCUGUGGAGAACACGAACGAGAGCCAUUUCUUUCUCACGUAAUGUUAUAAACAGUAUAAUCUGUACAUGUACGACCUCAGCACUUCACAUGCCAAAAUCUCAGCAAUGUAUUAAGCCUUUCUACUGGGUAUGGAUAUUGGGGAAGCAUAACUCUGCUUACACUGAUGUUAGCUUUGUAACAACAUAAUGGCUGCAUUUAUUUAUCUGAUAACCUCACUUUACAAGCUCAUAUACAACAAAGCCUUAACAGCAACUUGGUCUGUCUGUGAAACACAUUUUUGUAAAGGUGUUUUGCCGUUUUCUGGACAAGCUUUCUUACAUGAACAAACUGUUUAUCAGCCUGUUUUUCUUCGGCCAUACCAGCAUACUGAAACACACACACACACACACAUUCAGAGUACUGUAGCAGUUUGUUUCCUGUUUGAUCUCUCUCCCAGUAGUAGGGUCAGAUUGGGUCGUACACUCAGCCAAGGUGCCAAUGUACUGUUCUGAUACAUGGACUCACUGCUCUGUUACCUCUCUAAGGCUUUUAUAUUACUUUUUACACUUUCUGCAGGCACUGUGUGCACUGUAUCUUAUGAGAUCAGACUUGGGCCAAUUAGUAGCUACAGAUACUUCUAUGUCUAAUAUCUAAUUUACUAUAUCCUGCAGUAACUAUCAAGUCAAUUAAGAUGUCUUUUACAGAAAAGUAUAUACUAUCCUUUAUUGUUAAAAUAUGUACAAUUCAUUGUCUAAAGUGGUACUUAUGUGUAUAAUAUCAGUGGUGAAACUGGUCCAUAUGUAUCUGAUGUAACUUAAAGCAUAUAAAGUAUGUGUAAAUACUAGUUGGUCCAAGUUUAAGAUGUACUGAUAUAAAACAUUUUUUUAUCACUCUGCUCUAAAUAUGUAUAGAUAAGGUUGUCACAUUUUAGAUUUACAUCUGGCAUGGUCGAGGCUGUGCACAUGGUGCUAACAGAGGCCCAGGCCCCAUGUCUUCCCUGAGCUAUGACAGAAGAAUAACCUGAGCUUUACGAUUCUAACAACCCAGCCAACGCACAGUGUAUUUGGAGGUGUAUUCAAGUAUUAAGAGGUGAUUUUCAUGAGAAAUGGAAAAUCAUUGACAAAAUAAUGAAUUUCUAUGACAGUUUUUAAAAGAAAUUACACUAACUGUGAUUAAAGCCUUUUCUAUGAGGUGCAGUGCAAUAAAGUUAAGUCACUGGCCAAGUUGUAAGAAAGUGGCCAUAUUCAUAUCUAUAGCUCCAGUUAUAUGUAAAUUAUUCCUAUGUCCUCACUAUAGCACUCUAUUGGCUUGGCUGAAACUCCCAUUAUAUGUAAGCCACACUGUAGUCCAUAUUUUUGAUGUCUUUACUGUAAUGGGGAUUCAUAGACUAUCUCUGAAAAGCCAGACACUGUUGACUGAUUUCAUUUACUCUAAGAUACACACUUGCUGAGAAAACUUAAUGACUAAUUCAGUGUAGUUUUUAUUUUUUGACCUUCCUCCGAGUGCAGCUUUCUGUGUCAAGAACAAACCUGUUUUUAACUAUAAACACAGAACACUGUGAAACAUCAUUCAGUGCUACCUAAAACUGCAGUAUUUCAUUCUUUGUAACUGAGACGUUACUGCCAUAGUGUAGACAAGUAGUCAAGAUUGCAGGCCUAAGGCUGCCUUGUAUUUGAAUACCUCUCAGAAUCAGCGCUGAUACAGGGUCACUGAGCCAUACUGAUUUUACUUAACUUUACUUAACUGGUUUUACUAACAAGUACAAAUAUGUACUGUAUGUCUUUAAUAAAAAUGUUUAUGUCA